AUGUUUUGCCUGGAAAAAUGCAAACAAGAACGAAAAACACACAGUAUUAUUUACACAAUGGGACGUUUAACAGUUGAAGUAUUAGAAGGACGUCAUUUAAAAAACGAAGAUAUUGGUGGUGAAGAUGAUGCCUAUGUUGAAUUAUGGCUGUUAGAUGAUCAAAAAGAUAAACAACGUACAAAAGUGGUUAAUAAUUCAAAUAAUCCAAAAUGGAAGGAAACCCUUGUGUUUGAUUUAGGGGGCAAGAAAUAUGAUUAUUUACAAGUGGCUGUAUACGACAAAGAUCCAGUUGGACAGGAUCACAUUGGUUCAGCUAAAGUUGAUUUAAAAAACGUUUAUGGUAGUGGUGAAAGUAUCGAAUGGAUAACUUUAGCACCAGGCGCAGGCGGAACUGCUAUAAAUGGACUAAUACAUUUAAAAAUGAAAUAUGAAAAUUAG